AUGUCAGGGCAUGGAGUUAAGUUGGACACCCUUAAGGACUGUUUCCAGUUUCUUGAGUGGUUGAACGGCCGAAACGGUCAAAAAAGCAAUGUGGUAACUGCGUUAGUACAAAGGUUGACGCCUUAUUUUCCACAAAUGCCAAAUUUAAAGCCGCGAUUACAAGCUCAAUAUGUUAAUUUCCUAAAUAAUGUGUCCGCUCUACGUACUAAAUUGUUAUCUAAUAAAAUUACUACACCGAGUAAUUAUGUUAACACAAGGGAUAAAACUCAAAUUCUUGACGCGCUUUUAGGAUGCAUCCCCAAGUUUCUUGCUGCAUUAUAUUACUUGCAGUAUCACGUGGAUGAUGCGUUUAGCAAUGUUGGCGGUGGAGAUUGGGCUUCACAGUCGCUGCAGAGAGGCGAGCUUUGCAAUUUUCUAACUACCGGAAAUAACAUUCUUCGUGGUGGGUUCAGUGUCCAUGAGGUUAAUAAUAUAGAGGGACGUGCAGUAGCAAACGAACUGAGAAAGAUUUUGAAUAAGGAAGUUGACACUAGAACAAAAAAUCCUGUGCAUGAUCAUUUUAGAAAUGUUACAUUGACAAUUUCGAAUAAACCGUGGCAUGCCGUCAACACUGGAAACACUGUAUCUUUGGUUAAUGUAUUUUGCGUGUUGGUUGCCGGAGAGAAGGAUGCUGACGGUGGGGCUUUUAAAGCGGCAUUAGAUAGUGGCCUUACAGGACGCAAAAUAUGUUGGGAAUAUUUAAAAGAACAUUGUAAAAUUCUGAAACAACACAUUGACGCACUUAUUAGCGAGGGUUUUUCUGCUACCGGUAGAGCGUUUAUACCUAGAGAUCCUGUUAAAUUUGCUACAAAAGCCGCCGACUGGUUUAGAGCGCAUUUGCCCAGUACCGAGAAAGUAUUAAAAGGCAUGAUACCUCAAUCAAUCCAUUCACACAGCACUGAACUGCGUCCAUUUGCCAAGGAUCACCUCUACCCAAAUGGGUUCAUUUUCGACGGUAGUAAACCGGACGUUUUGAAAAGGGGUUUGCCGCGUGAUUGGACUCUUAAAUUACAGAGAUUCAACCAGCUUGGAGACAGGUUGAUACGGCUGAAAGGAAUUUUAGAUGGUUCUGAAUGUGGCGCCGAGACCGUGGCCACCAAAGCCGAGGCCGCGAAGCCGACCGCCACUAAAACUGAGGCGGCGAAGCCGACUGCCACUAAAACGGAGGCUGGGAAGCCUACUGCCACGAAACCUGGUGAGGCAAGGCAAGCUACCGCAACAACAAAAGCUAGGUCACCUCAGGGUGGACAACCCAACGGAGCUGCAAAUACAGGCACUGCAGCGAAUGGACGGCAGAACACGGGAGGCAAAAAUAGUGUAGCCUCAAAUCAAAAUAAUAGUCAGAGUAGAGGAAAUGCUCGAGGUUCAUUAGGCAAGGAUUCUGCUUCAUCUCUGCCUUCCAGUGGUGCAGGAGCGUCAGGGCCAGCAGGGCCUAAAAGCGAUGAAGGCAAGCAAGGCCCUUCUAGUACCGGGUCUACAACAUCUCCAAGUAAGAAUAUUGUUCAUUCUCAACAGCCUCAGCCUCAAGCUCCGCCUGUUACCUCACCUCAAGCCCCUCCCACCAGUGCUCCUGCAGCCCCUGGCUCCCCUAGUCAGUCCGGUGGUGGGGGUGCGGGUGGGCAGGGCGGUGUUACUCCAGGUCAAAAGCCUGAUGCUACUCAAGCCCCUGCUUCACCUCAGUCUUCAAGAGAUUCAACUCCAGGCCCUCAGCCAUCUGGUGCCUCUGCUCCGGGUCAGGGGUCUUUUGGCGCUGUUUCAAAAGGUGGUAAGGAUAAGGGUCCACCGGCUAGUGUUCCUCAAGGUUCACAGUCUAAUGCCCCUCAAGCCCCUGUUCAACCUCAACUUCCAGGUGCUACAUCUCUAGCCCCUCCUUCGGCUCCUCCUGCAGGCCCUGUUCCCUCUGUUAUUCAACAUGGCGGUGAUGGGAGUUCACAGGACAGUGCUCCAGGUCAACAGCCUGUUUCUGUUACAGAUGCUGCGCAUUCCCCGGCACCAGGUGUUACGUCUCCAGGCCCUCCGCCAUCUGGUGCCUCUGGUCUCAACAGCGUUAAUGACCCGGGUGGAAAAAUGUCUGGUUCUGACUCAACUCAACAAAGUAAUCAAGAGACUCAUGAUGGUAACUCCGGCACUACUACGUCUUCUACUCCGGGUUCUGGUCAAGGUUUAGGUGAAGCUGGAGGAAGGGGUACGGAGCCGGCAGAUUCUCAAUCUGUGAAUCUAGUUAAAACACAGUGUGUGGAGCCUACUAUCGAUAAAAUAUUGCUAAACCCCGAUGUUAAAUUCUGUAAUCCGGCUGAUCCGCCUAAAGAUGUCUUGGCGAAUUAUAAAAAUCAAGACAAAAUUAAACAACGUCGUCAGAAUGAUAUGAAAAGCAUCAUACAACGAACACAAGAAGAAAUAUGGGAUAAACAAAUGAAAUCAUUUGCAGCGGAUGAACCAACCUUGCAACGAAAAGAGCGUGAACCACCUACAACCCUCCCGACACAUCUAAUUCAAUCCACACUCCCGAAGUACACAAAUUCACCUGUUCCUUCGGAUAGAAAUCGCCUUCAAUGGCGCCGACCAUAUGAUUCAAGAAGCGUUGGUCGACGUAAUGACGGUGCUGACCCUCCCCAGCAUCUCACUCUUGACGGCCAGGAUAUCGCCGAUGAACCUUUGCGUGAUUCAUAUUUUAAAAAAAGAACGGAAGAUCUGGAACGCCAAUAUUAUGAGGAAAAGCAACAAAGGGAUCGAAAGUAUAACGACAGAAUAUCGUAUCUGGAAAAGUUACAGCAGCUCAACAAACAGCGUAACGAAGAAUCACAAAAACGACACGAACAAAAUGUAAAAGAUGCCAUUAAAUCUGCGGAACAUAUAUCCAAAGAAGAUAAGAAUUUCCGAUCAACGUUUGAUACCUCUCUCAUAGGCGCGCCGGUCGCAUUCACACAAUCUUUUAACCAACCAAUGCAUCAACUCGUCGAUUCUCCAUUCUCCCCAGACAUUGAUCUAACAGGAACUGUGAUACCCUACAAACACGACAACCCUCCGGCAAUUCCUGCGGUUCAUUUUGACAAUGUGAUGCCCCCACCUGAUAUAUAUAAGGUAGACGGACGAAUUCCACCAACUAAUAUAGCUGGCUCGAUUUUUCAGCAGCCGAGAGAUGUUCUCGAUCCCGUUCACGAAACCCCGGACACCAUUGGCAUAGAUGUAGCCCCUAAACUACAGGCGUAUAAUAAUCCUAAUUACAUGCCCACUACCAACCUCAAACCACGAUUGUCGUCGAAAGAUUUACAUUUCGAGGUAGUGAUACCCCCUAAAAAUCGUGACCACGAAGAUGCCGAUGUAAAACUUACUAGAAUUGAGGAUCUUGUUCAAUUUCGUAAUCCCGUCUUAUACAAUGAGUUGUGGAUGCCAGCAAACGAAAAAAAACCUAACGCAUUUGACUUUACUGUAUCAGCCACCGAUGGUAUUGCAAACACAGGCUUCAUUCCCACUUGCCGUAACCCCUGGUCCGUUUCCACUUCCUCCACCGAUACCGUUCAACCACCUACCUACCCAGUCCCAGCCUCAGACCAGCUGCCCUUGCCGCGAACCGUGCGAGAAAUGCUAUACUGGUUUGUCGGAUUGAAUCAACAUGGGCUUACUGGGAUUGUAGAGAAGUACGUUAAGAACAUCCUUGUUGAAUCUAACAAAGAUAUCUCUAAGUCUCCGUAUUCCAUCAAGGUCACCGGGGAUCCCGACCAGUUGACCGCCUCCAUGGUCACCGCCAAACUGACCGAGGCGUGCCUCUACUCAGCCACCGUUAUCUACAAGAUUAGGCAUAACAAUGACUUCGAAGCCUUUGCUACCUUCGACUUUGAAUCAGAAUAUGGUAAGUUUCGUUAUUCCUCCGACCCCGCCGGUCUCCUCUGCCAGCUGCGGGACUACGUGUACGCCUGCUGCCACCAGUUGGAGUUCCUGAAGGCGCAGUGUGAGAGGGAUAAACUAAGUGGUGGUUGGCAGGGUCAUGAGUAUGGACACUCCGUUUCCCCCUCUGACUCCCCCCUCCAGGCGUUCCUGACUGAUGGCUGGGACUGCCCAUUCGACACCCACCCCUUCGACCCGUACAACCUGUGCCGCAAGAGCAGGAUCAGGAUGGGAUUCAAGGAGGAGGAUUUGUCUAAUGACUCACAGACUGGCAACACCCUUUCCACCAUCCUCACUCCCAGCUGCGGCGGUGAGGAUCCAUUGGUGACCCUGUCCUCCUACCUCAACUGCCUCACUAGGCGUACGCCGCGCACCACCGGGGAGCUUGUGUCGUACUUCCACCAUUUCGGUAAUUCACUUCAUGAUGCGUUUGAUGGAGGAUUGCUUCCACUAGGAAAUUCACUCCGCAAUCCGCAUCUCGACUGCCCCGACUGGGACCGUCUUGGUGCCUCCGACCUAGACACUGUCCGUGGCAUCCGUGGUCAUGAGUCUAUCAAGUCCAUAUCCAACUCCAACCACAACCAUGACCAUCCCCGUACCCUGUCCACACUGGUCGGCUGCGGCAGUGACCCUGACAACUGCCCUCCACACUGCUCGCCCAUCACCUACCGGGCCUACGCCCUGUACUCCCAGAGCUUCGCCCACACCUACCUCAGCUGGACGGUGUACUUACCAGACAGACUGUGGGGGUCGCUUCAAAAACUGUGCAAUGACAUGAUAAAGUAUAAAUGCUCCGAUGGCAAACCCCUCCACCUGUGUUCCACUGCGUUGCCCCUCCUCUACUCUCACGGGUUCACGCCGCCGGAGGUGGGAUCGCAGCAACAACUCAAGUGCUCUGAUGUCAUCUCUAAGCUGAAGGAGAUUGUCAACGGUGGCCCUAUCGCAUCACUCAUGACCUGCAUGGACUAUUUCCUCUACAACAUCCGGGAGCCAUUCAUGUACGCUCUCGUCGCACUGUGGUCGGCUGCAUUUCUCAUCUUCGCCAACACGAUGCUAUACCGCCUGGACAUACUCCACAUCCGGUCACACCUUAUCCGCACCAAGGCCUCCCACCGCAUCGACGUCAAGGCCUUACUCACGAAAGGCCGGAAGAUGCUCUCACUUUACAAGGACGUCGACUACUUCGACGAGGACCCCAUUGGUCAACUUAGUUUCUAA